GAGUCCCGGCGCUGACGGGGUCGCACGGGGGCCGGGCUGAAGGGCUGCGCGUUGGGCGGGCUCCGCAGCGCCCCUUUGUGGCCGAGGGGUGGCAGCGCGUGCGGGGCACAGGCCCGGGGGCAGCAGGGGCACAGCCGGGAGGCACGGCGGCAGGCCUGGGGGAGACCGAGGCCAGCGUGGGGGGCCCCGAGAACACCCGCCCGAGGCAGGCUGCCCCCAGAGACGAGGCGCGGCCGGGCCCUCCUGGCCCCCUGCACGAGUCCGUGGGCGUCCCGGGCGCCCUCCUCCGCCGUGGGAAACGAGCCUCCAGAGCCCGAUGGCGGAGCGGGACCUGCCCUGGGCCCGGGGCCCCGUCAGCGCCCUGCCCCCCCCACCCCCCCGCAGCCUCACACGCGUCCCGCCUGACGCCGAGGCCCAUGCCUCCUUCGCUGCCGCCUUCUCGGCGCCUGUAUUAGGCAAGGUUCUCCAGGGAGACAGAACCGGCGCAUGUACGGAGAGAGACUGUUUUCCAGGCGUUGGCUGACGCCAUUGUGGGGCUGGCAGGUCCAGAAUCUGCAGGGUGGGCCGCCUGCCGCGGGCCCAGGGAAGAACCUGGAGGCGGGCAGACGCCCCUCGCGCUGAAGGGAGCUGCCCUUUCUCUGGGACCUUGACUGACAGGAUGAGCCCCACCUGCGUGGUGGAGGGUAUCGGACUUCACUGCAAGCCUACCGUCCUAAACGUUAAAUCUCAUCUAAAAUGUACUUUCACAGCGACAUGUGACUAUAACCAAAUAUUGUCCAGUUAUCUGGGUCCCGUGCCCAGCCCAGCUGACACCUGAAAUGGACCAUCACAGCACCCAAUCCAGAAAAGCUCCCGUAGAUGGUCUCUGGGACUUUACCUACGGCAGGAGAACAUGCCGGCCUAGAGAGGCGAAGCCUAAGGAGGAACAAGAGAGAAGUGAAAGAUCGCUUUGCAGUGGGAACGAGGUCGGCAGUGUCCGCACCGCCAGCGCAGCAAUGCAGUCUACAGACGGAGGAGAGGAAACAGGAGAUUGGAGGAGGCCAUGCGCAGCCGAGAACAAGCAGGUUGGGGAAGUUGAGUCAAGCGGGACCUGCGGGCAGCGUGCAGCCCUGCACAGCACGCGUGUGCCUGGAAAACCACCCCCACCCAGCCCAGAGACAGCAACGUGUGCUUCCCAUGGCCACGGCAGAGAAGCAGACACCAGCAGUGGGCAUGUAUGCCCCCUCAGCGGCUGGCAAGGGUGUGAACUUGGGGCCCGGGCGCCGUGGGGCCUCUGUGCAGAGCAGUCUGGCGUCUCCCUGCAAGCUGCAGUCACAGCUCGGCCAGCGGCCCUGCUCCUGGUGGGUGCCCAAGGCAUGACCACGCCUGGCCGUGAGGCUCACAGCAGCCAGAGGGGGGAAGGACGCAAAAGCUCACUGACGCCGGGCCACGGAAUGCCACUCAGCCCUGGAAAGUACUAAGGACCGUGGCUGCUGCACAGGGGAGGAAUCUCAAGAGCGCGAAGUGAAGGAGGCCAGACGUCCUCUGACUCCAUUUAUCGCCUCACUCGAGCUGCCUGCCGACCUUCCCCCAGCCCUGGCUGAGAAUGGACCCGGGAGACCCUUCUGGAGACCCAGUUGGUGAUGCCGCUGGUACCCCUGCUGAUGGCCAGGACCCACUCCUGUUCCUGCAGGCCCUGAGGACGCUGUGGUCCACGCGGGAGCGGCAGCAGCUCCGGGAAGAGGCCUGGCGAGGAUUUGCUUCUCUGGGUGACCCGCUCGCAGGACUCCUGGCCAUGCUGGAGAGCGGCCAGGGUCGGCAGGGAACGGGCCCCUCCCUAGAGGUGUGGGUUGCCUGUGAGCUCAGCUGUUGGCUGCAGGCUCGGCCAUGCCCAGGGCUGGCCCAGGGCAGCCCAGGGCUGAAGCAGCUGCAAGCCCGUGCAGUCAGGGUCCUCGCCAAGAGCACCCCCCGUCUUGUGGAGCCUCUGGUCAGCAUCUUCCAGCUGCAGGAUGCAGAGCGGAGGCCCCUGCUGGCACACAUCCACCAGCUCCACCAGGACGGCAAGUUCAAAGAGGCUAUCAUGCUGGGCACGAAGCUAAAGCUGCAGCCAGAGCUGGAUGUUGAAAAGAUGUGUACCCCACUGCUCCUCCAAGACAAGGCGAGCCUUGUGGAGCGCUACGUGGCCGGUUUCCCGGACCUCCAGAGGAGGCUGCUGGCUCUCAUGGACUCCUGGUGCCGGCCGGGCUUUGACAUCAGAACUGUCUCCAGACGGCUCCCGCAGGUGACCCCUCGGAGGCUGGAGAAGCUGAGCCCCAAGGCACUGAUGCGGCAGGUCCUGAGCCUGCGGGAGAAGUACGGCCUGGACCCCGCUCUGUGUCCCCAUGCUGCCACCCAGCAGCGCCUGGCAGCCCUUCGGUUCCUGUGUUGCAAGCGGUUUGUGGAGAGAAGCAUGUCUCAGGAGAACUGGGCCAACUGCGUGCAGGGCCUGGUGGGGCAGAGCCCAUGGCUGCAGGAGCAGCUGUUGCAGCUGCUGGCCUCUCAUGGGGACACGGCCACAGCCACCCACUGUGCUCUGGACCUCUUCCUGCCCGAGGGGCGGCUGCCAGCCACCGUGGCUGCAGAGCUCAGCUGCCUUAGGCUGCAGGAGAGCUCUGCUCCUCCCAGGCCAGCUGGAGGGCCUUCGGCGGACAGGACGGACGGUCACUACCAGCUGCCCAUCGCCAGGAGAGACAUCCACUUCCUGGCCUCCUGGGAGGACCUGGCCAGCCAUGAGGAGGAGCUCCUGCAGCCUGGCCGGGUGGUUGGUGUGGACGUGGAGUGGAGGCCCUCCUUUGGCGUGGGGGGCCGGCCCCGGCCCUCGCUCAUGCAGCUGGCAGUGGAGGGCCAUGUGUUCCUGCUGGACCUGCCUGUGUUCUUGGAGCCCGCAGGAGGGCUGGUGACACUGGCCUUCUCCCAGCUGGUGUCCCGGCUGCUCUUGGACCCCUCCAUCACCAAGCUGGGUUAUGGGAUGACAGAGGACCUUCGGAGCCUGGGCACCUCCUGCCCUGCCCUGGCCCAUGUGGAGAAGCAGCUGCAGGGUGGCCUGGACCUGCUGCAGGCGCACAGGCAGAUGCGGAUGGCAGAUGAGCCUGUCCGAGGUGUGGCUAGGGCCGGGGGGCCUCGGGGCCUCAGCCUCCUGGUGCAGCAGGUGCUGGGCAAGCCUCUGGACAAGACACAGCAGCUCUCUAACUGGGACCGACGGCCACUAAGCGAAGAGCAGCUGGUCUAUGCAGCUGCCGAUGCCUACUGCCUAUUGGAGGUAUACCAAGCUCUGUGCAGGGAGCCUGCCCGCUUCCACCUGUUGGAUAACCUGGCCAGGAGCCCAAGGCCUGGGCACAGCAAGAGAUCUGGAGCUGGGGAACUGCCCGGCUGGCAGGAGGCCUCGGCUCCAGCUCUCCAGGUGCCCGUGGCCGGGGGCGAGGACGCUGCCCCUGCGGUGCCGGCUAGGGCCUUCCGUGUGGUGUGCGACAACAUGCUGCAGGGGCUGGCGCGGAGCCUCCGCUGUCUGGGCGUUGACGCACUCGUGCUGGGCACCGGCGAGGACCACCGCAGAGCGGCCGAGGUUGCCAGGCAGGAGGAAAGGGUCAUCCUGACGUCAGGGCUGCCAUACCACAAGCUCCGGGCCCAGGUCGGGGCUGGGCGCUGCCUCCGGGUGGACUGCUCCCUCAAGGCACGGCAGCAGGCAAAGGCUGUGCUCAGGCAUUUCAACGUGCACGUCACCCACGCAGACAUCUUCAGCCGCUGCCAGGCCUGUAACUGUGACCAGUACCUGAAGGUCUCCAAGAACCUGAUGAGGCAGCUCAUGUGGCCCAGCGACCACCAGGAAGGCCCCAGCAGCAUAGGUGACGAGGCCGCCCACAGCGAGGACAUCCAGGAGGCAGGCUUGGCCCCAGAGGAAGGCCCUGGGGGCUACGCCUAUGACCCCCCUUGCCGCUGGCUGGAGGCAACAGACCUGCAGGCCGGGGUACCAGCCACGCUGGGCAACGGCACCCGACUGCAGCUGGCAGGGGUCCCGGCGGGUGUGCUGGCGCGGCCUGGGCUCAGGCCUUUCUACUGCUGCACAGGCUGUGGCAAAGUCUUCUGGGAGGGCUCCCACCUGGGCCGCAUCGCUGCACACUUCAGCGAGGUCCUGGGUGGUGCCCCGGGCUCCCGUGCGCAGCCCCCAUCGGCCCCUCCUGAAGACCAGCCCCCCACCCUGCCAGCCUACUUCAGGCAGGGGCCAACAGUAAAGGUGAAGAAGGCCCCAGCCAAGCGGACCUGAGGUCAAGGACUGCCUUGUCUGUUCUCUGUCCCCCACCCUGCUGAGAGCCCUCGCAGGCCACUGGGUCCCAGCCUGCACAGCUGGUGGGAGGCCCAGGGUGCACAGGCCUUGCACCAGGAACUGCCCGGAGCUCAGGAAUGAGGCACACAGGAGGCAGGAAGGCAGCCUGGUAGAGGAAAUGGCCUGGGCAGAGGCCCAAGGGCUGAACUGAGGUGGCUCCCGAGUCAGCUGAGCUCAGUGGGCCGGAGGGCUGGGGUGGAGGCAGAAGGCCCUGUGCACUGGGCGGCCCACCCACUUGGCUGUGGCAGUCAGUGCCACUGCCUCCACCCCACCCUCCUGGCCUUCUGAGGCCAAGGGCGAAGCCCAAGGGCAGGCAGGUCCCAACCAGGCCAGCCUCGGCCAGGGGGCUUCCUGAUGGGGAAGCAGGACGGCUGCCCUUGACGAAGGCCUCCACUGUCCACCAGAAGGCCGAGGCCUGGAGGGAAGGCCGGCACCUCUGAGCCUGCUGCUCUGGCCCCCCUGCCGGCCCAGGCGUGACCCCACAAGGUCUUUUUCCCUCCCCCUGGGUCAGGGCUGGGGGGCUGCCCCUCAUGAAGGAAAGCGCAGCCACGCGGGCAGGCCCUGCUCAUGUGUAUUCUAGCCCCCAGCCUCACUCCUGCAGGAAGCUGCACUGCUGUGCCCACUUGGGGGGAAACUGAGGCUCAGGCAGGCCAUUGGCGACACCCAGAGGGCCAAGGGCAGUGGUGCCAGGCGGCAGGGAGAGGGGUGCAGAGGCGGCACCCACGGGUGGGUCCCUCUGAGCAGGGAGGGCCCAGGCUGCACGUUGCCCUGGCCCUCCUUCCCCUGGUUCACCCCCGAGGAAUGUGCCCCCCCACAUCCCUUUCCUGUCCUUCCUGCCCUGAGCGGAAACCAGCUCAGAUUUGGCUGAGGAGCCCAGGCGGAAGCCCCAGGGCGGCUGGGGCCUGGGGGCUGGGGCAGGGCUACUACCUCUGCCAGGGCAGGGCACACACCAGGUGUGAUGGCCUUGGGCGCCAGGUGGGCAUGGGCCUUUGCCCCACUUGGGUGUGGUCAGGCCUGAGGUGCGUACGGGCUGGGGCUCGUGCUGCGGCCAUAUAGGCAUCCUGCCACAUUCCACAUCCUUCCGAACCCUCGGCGUGCCCACCGUGUGCUAGGCACAGGCCCUUCCAGCACCCAGCAACCGUGGGGCCAGCUGGGCCGGGACACCACUCCACACAGGGAGAUGGCAGCUGGGAGACGGGGGACCAGCUGCAGCCCUGGCCUCCCUCCACCCUAAGGUCACUACUGAGCCUAAGGAUCAAGCAGGGGUGCCAAUGUGAGCAGGCGAGCUGCACCCUAUCAGGGUCUGAGACCCUCUCAGCUGGGUGCUUCCUCCAGGAGAGGGGCCAGAGAUGGGAGGCACCCAGACCACACUUCUUCCCUGAGUAGGGGUGCCAGCCCCGCUUCCCCGCCCAACUGCAUCCUGGAGGCUGCUCGGACCCAAGGCCCUGGCAUUGCAGCUGGCCCUGGACAGACAGAGGGUGAAGCCAGGGGAGGCCACAGGGUCCUGGGGGUGGGGGUUGGGGACAGUGUCCUUCCCGUCCCCCCAGGAAGGUGGUCCCAAGCCCCACUGCCCACACAGCUUCCUAGAGAGAGGAGGGCGGCUCACUGGGGACCUGCUCCCAGUGUGGUCCUAAUAGCCACACCUGUACGGUGUGGCCUGCCUCCCAACCCCUCUGCUGCCCAGAUGGGCUCCCUCUCCAGGCAGCCUCCCAGGCUCACUUGAUCACUGCCAGCCCGCCCUGCUCUGUGGCACCCCCAUCCUAGGCCCAGCCCCCCCUGGUCCUGAGCUAUCCAGGAUCAGCUGAGGUGCCUUCUGAGGCCUCAGGACCACCUUAGGCCCCUUCCCAGGCUAGGGGUCAGACUCCAGGGAGACUGGGUGGGCUGUGCCCAGUGCCAGGCUGUGCCCUGAACGGGCAGCGGCGGGAGGAGCAAUUGUCUGCUGUGGUUCCUGCCCCGGCCGCUGGCCCGGGCCUAGUGUUUGUUAUUUGAUCUCCAUCCUCUCCCGGCCCUUCUACCAGGUGUCUGGGCUGCUGGGAAGAAACUCUCUCCUCUUUCCCACGCUCCCCGACACAUUUUAAUGAAUUAGCUGGAAGCCCCGCCCCCACUGCCCGCCUGCCUGCUCACCCUCCUUCCCCCGCCUAACUCCUUUAAGGUGGCAGCCGGCCACUUCCGCACUGUCCUCCAGGGCCGCCCCACCCACACCUCCCCUGCCCAGGUCCCAGAAUGCACCCCAAACUGCCUCCCCUACCCGCACUGCGCCCCUCCUGCCUGCUGCUCUGAGCCUCUUAAGGAAGGGGAUCCCCAGUGGGAGAAGCUGCCCUCUCCAACUCUGGCCUUAAGGCGGCGCCCCCUGGCCAGCAUCCUAAGAGCCACGUGCAGAAAGGUGGGGCCUGACCCCCGGGUCCCGGUUCAGAGGCUUCCCCUCAGAGCCAGCGCACAGCAGCACCCAGGAGAGCCAGACCACCCGACGGGCUUCCUCCUGCCCGGGGUGUGGCAGGUCCCCCCAGCCCACCCCAGGGCACGGAACAGUGUCCUCCUUUUGGGCCACCCUUCAGCAAGCAUUCAAGAAGUGCUCCCCGGGAGCCUGCGCCCCUCAAGCCCCUCUCCCCAGUCUCAUCCUGUCUGCAGAGGGGGCAGCGUCAGAGACCUGGGGCACAGACCAGAGCGGCUGGACCAAACCUCGCUCCUGGCCGCAGCAGGAGAGCACCAGGCUCAGGCCUUCCGGGGGCCCCACAGGCAGUUGGGGGGCCCAGCCCCUGAUGCCUGCUGCUCACCUGUGGGGCUCAGGUGACAGCCUCACAGCAGCACCAGGCCCGGCUACACCUGUCUGACCCACACACCGAAUCGAGGGUAGGGGCAGGUGGGGGCCUUAGACUAGGCUCCUGUGACCACCCCGGAGGGCCUUGGGUAGGCCACUGAUUCAGUGGCCCAUGGUGGCAGCAGGUGUUCCCAACACUGAGCUCACAGGCCCCCUUUGCCCACCCUGGUGUCAACUGGACGUCUCUCCCAGGCUUUACUCCAGGCCUGGCAGGGUCUCCAGAUGCCCUUCUGCAGGUCAGGGGGCCUGCCCUCCACUGGGCUGGAGCCUGUGAGCCACCACCUGCUGGGGACCAGGGCUGGACCCCGGCCAGAAGUGUGAAUAACAGAGGGCUGACUGGGAAGGGGACGCCUGCCCACCUGACCUGUCGGGGUGCAGCAGGCCAGCACAUGCCCAGCAAGCCCUGGCCCUUCACAGGGCUCCAAGCUUUCCUGCUCCAAGGUCCCUGUCCGGAGGUGAACAUGGACCCAGUGGACAGGGCUAAUGUGGCCUCCGGGGCAGUCCAUGCCCAUGUCCCUGGUACCGGGGUGCAGUGCAGAAGGUCUGGAGGUAGUCAGAGGCUUCACCCUCUGGGUGCUCACAGUCCAGCAGCAGCUGACCCCAGGCCCCGUUACUGGGCCCAGGGACACAUCCCAACAGGACACACAGGAUGAUGGAGGGGCUCCCAGCGGCAGCACCCCCAGGUCAUGCCCACUGCUGGGCUGAGCACAGGGCCUGGGGCUUGGGGGGCAGCACUCGGGGGGCCCUGGUCACAGCAGGACGUCUGGACUACCAGCAGUACCACAGGCCCAAGGAAGGCCAGAGCCAGGGACUCAGGUCCUGGCCACCAGGAGAGCCCCAGGGAGUCAGCCAGGUAAGGCCUGAGGGCAGCAGGCCCUGGGUGGCCUCACCCAGUUUCUCCUGUGGUUUGGCUGUGACCCUCCCAGAGCACAGCAAGCUGGGGGCACACUACAUGUCAGGAGGUGAGUGGGGCCCGGGGCAGGCACUCACGGGAACCCAUUCUCAAACGAGGCCUCACAGAGUGGUCUCCACGGCGGAGGCCCGGAGCUGCCUCCUGAAAGUUCCAGGCUGGCUUCUGAAGGAAUUCCCGUCCCCCCCCCCCGCUGCCCUGCGGCCCGGGGCCUACUGCCCCGAGAAUCAUUCCUCCUUAAUUCCCAGCGACCACAACCAAGCCAUCAACUGUGAAAUCUUAAUGAGGAAAUUUGGCCACAGUGUUAGAAUGUCAAUAAAAAAUAGGUUUACAGUUUG